GCGGCCGUGCGAGGUUCGUUUGAGGUUAGGCUCGUCCUUUCUCCCCUUUCGCCCCGCGCGCGCGCGCGUGUCUCUUCGAACGUCUUUUUUUUUUCCCUUCCCCCGGGGAUAUCUUCCGCGCGAUCCGGAAUCCGAAUUCCGUCGACUUCCAAUCGACGAGCUAUACAACGUCGUCCGUAAAACUCGCGACGCGUCACGUGGCCCCCAUCGCUCGCCUCGUCCGCGUUCCACUUGGCGCGGACCGAGGGAGGAGGACGUGUGCGCACUUAUUACGCGCUUUCGGCACGUAGGGUCGAGAGAGAUAAAGAGAGCCUAGUGGAUCAUCGACAUCAUCAUCAACAUCAACAUCGUCGUCGUUAUCAUCAUCCAUCUCCGGCGACCGGCUGAAUCUUGGCAGAAGAGAGAGAGAUAGAGAGAGUGUCGCGCCCCUGCAUAUCGAUACAGAUGACAAAGAUGCAACAGCAGCCGGUGCAGGCAACAGCGGCGGAGAUCAUGCACGAGGAGAGAAUAUUGGAGGCGAUCGAUCAGCUGCGUCGACGUAAAGCCCGCCCCGAUGCCGAUCGCAUCUGCAAUUAUCUCCUGCGUAAUUUCUCGGUGGACGCGCGCGACACGAUCGCCGAUCUCCAUCGGCUGAUCGAGGUCGAGAAGGUGAUCCAGGUCGAUUACAAGGGCAACACGAGCUAUCGCAAUGCAAAGAAGUGGUCGCGCCUGCAGCUGUUUAAGAAUCGCCCGGAGGGCUUCCUCAAGGAGAAGCUCAACUCGAGUAUGGUGUCGAGCGCGGUGGCCGAGCUCGUCGUCGAGGAGCCAGAUUAUCUCGAUCAGGGCGUACCGGCCGGUCGUCUGAUAGAGCAGCUGCUCGACGGUGUAUCGAGCCCGACGUCGCGCCGCGUCGUCGAGGAGUUCCUCGGCCGGGAGGUGGCCAGCGGUAAUCUCGCCCGGCUGUCAAAUGGCAAUUACUCGCUGGUCGCGACAUCCGACAUGACGGACGCCGCGACGCCGUCGCGACGCAGCGGAGGGGACUUGCAGCCGUCCUCCUCCUCCUCCUCCUCCUCUUCGUCCUCCUCCUCCUCCUCCGUUACCUGCGCCCUGGAGAACGGCAACGCGACGACGCAACGACGCGUCGGUAAGGCAACGACGCAGAGUAACGGCACCGUCAGCAAUGUCACCGUUAGCAGCACCAACGCCAACAGCAAUGGUUUAACGACGACAUCAACGAUAACAACAACAGCGACGACGACGACGACGACAUCGUCCGCGGCAGCGGAACUUUACGAAUUUAACGAGACGGAUAACCUCAGCGACACCACGUCGGGGUCGUCGCGAUCGUCCUCGCGACAGGCCAGUCACAGCCCGAAACUGGAUCAACAGGAUUGCAUCAAGAAGGAAGAAGGAUAUGAUAUCGUGGAUAAUAAGAACGAUGCCGAGCAUGGCGGUACCGCGUCGUCGCCGCCGUCUGUCGAGCUGUCAUGUAACGGCGAUGACAGUAAACAGCUGGGCGGCUCGCCGGAGGUAGCGGCGGUGUCGUCGACGACGUUCGUGGAGAACGACGUCGUGAAGGAGGAGCCGAGGGGCAACAACGACAUUCAAAAAGCGGCGCCUAACCUGAAAAGAGCCGCCAAGGCUGAGCGCAAGCAGCGUCUCUUCGCGAGGACGGAUGAUCGGAUAGAUAUCGAGAUCAAGUUCGAGGAUUAUCAGGCGGGUAAGGAGGAGUCGGAGAAGCGAGACGAGACAGGCAGGCGUUCGAGCGAGGAUCGCGAGGACGAGGACGCCGGCAGGAGUUCGUCCACGAACACCUCCCCGACUCCGUCCAAUGUGACCGGUGGAUUUCGUAGCGCGAGGAGAAAGAGAGCCAGAAAAGUAUUUGAUCCUUCUGACAACAAUCUGGUGAAGCGCAAACGUGGUAGACAGCCAGGAAGUCAUAACAAAAAUUCCAUAUUGCAAGAUUCUCAGGAUUCUACCAAGACGAAUGUCAAAGAUGGACCGUGCAGGCAGUGUAGUCUUUGUGCGAAGGAAAAACAGGAAGCUCUCGUAGCUUGUAGGGACUGCACAGUACGAGCACAUCCGAGUUGCAUUUACAGUCCGGAGGAGAUGCUUCAAAAGGUCAAUAGUAAUUGGCAAUGCGAGCGCUGUAAAACUUGUACCGUGUGUUGUGAGACGUCUGAUGCUGGGCCUCUAGUGACUUGUUUUAGCUGCGACGAUGCCUAUCACUAUUUUUGUCAUUCGUCACGCGUCACAAUAUCAAAAUCGAGUUCCAAAUGGUACUGCAAUGAAUGCGCGCAAAAGCAACAGUGCAAAGUGAACGACAGCCAAAACACUAAUUUGAUAAAUGGAACGAGUAGGCCGGAUAGCCCGUCCAAUGCGCCAAUCUUGCCACCGGUUCUGAGCCCGCAGGUCUCUCCUACCAGAGGUUCCUGUGAACAAAUGGAAGAAGAUGGCCCCAAAGGACCCAUCGAUCCAAAUAUUCCUGACGCGAGGUGUUGGACCUCCGAUCAAGUGUACCAAUAUUUCGCUAGAUUGUUUCCCAAAGAAGCUGAAGUCUUUCGGCAGCAGGAGAUAGACGGCCAUGCGCUUUUAAUGAUGAGUCGAAAAGAUGUACUAUGUGGACUGAAUUUACUAUUGGGACCCGCCUUGAAGAUUUAUCGACACGUGUUGAAACUUCAAUUUCGCAGAGACGAUCCGGAACUUUAUUGGCAAUAAUACAAACAGUCUUGUAUCAACUCGAUCUUUAUUAUGUUGUAUGCGAUCUAUAAUUUAAAAGAUUUAAUCUGUACUUUAUACAAUUAAAUCUGAUAGAUUAGGAUUGCGAUAAUUCUCUAGUUUCUAGGCGCAAUCUACAUUGUAUAUAUGAAUUAUAUGUGUGAUACAUUGCUAAAGAUCUCUCUUGCGAAUAUUGAGGACAUCCCAUGCCAUAUUCGCGCUUCUAAAAAUGCAGCUGAAGCGGGCUUUGUUUAUUGUUGAGUUCCGCAUGAUAUUGAAAAGAUAUGCCGAUAUACAUGCUAAAGUACAUAGAGACGAUCACGAAUUCUACUGGCAAUAACAUAGACGAUGUUUAGCAUGAAAUCGAUCUUCGCGGCAUUGUAUAUGUGAUUUAUAUUGUACAAAUUAAGCCUUCUUACAGAUUAAGAUCGCGACAUAAUUCUAGAGACGGUUCACAUUUGUACAUAUGAGAUAUAUCGCUAAAGAUCUCACGCGAAUGAUCUGUCAUAAGCCAAGUAUCGAUUUGUAAAUGUAUGUACACGCGCGAUUAUAUAUACUUAAUGUACAUACAUUCCGCCUUUUUCAAGCGGUGUUUUAUAAAAAAGGAACAGAUAUUUUCUAUCCCCGAACUGUUACUUGUUAAUGUUAAAUUUACGUCUAUAUUGAGAAUUCUAGAUGCUGUUUGUUCGGAUGAAAACAGUUGGACAUGUAAAACGAAAAAAGAGAGAAAUUGCUGACUGAUUUUACACGAUUUUGUGUCACAUAACAAACUUAUAUUUUAUUUCCAGGUUUUACAUAUAUGAGAAUAACACAUACUUAUUUGUAGAAUAUGUAGCAUAAGAUACUCUACUCUCAAGGAACAUGAUACUUUGGUUUUACAUGUACUUUUCUAUUAUGCAAUAAAUAUUUUGAUAUUUAUAAA